UACUCUUCUUUCUUUCCCUGGUUCGUGAUUUUCACCACUCUUCACAUUCGGCUCGUAUAUGUCAACAUGGUGCCGAGAGCGACGGCUUAAGGGAACAUCUCACGGACGGAUUUCACCACCCGCUACCCAAAUCGGCUUAACCCAACACAUCCCUCAUCAUCACUUCAAGUGCAUCUACCACUCUAAACUCGGCAAAUCGUCCUCUGUAGAGUCCUUAAACACGGUCAGCACCCGACAUGCCCCUCCAAUGCCCGAUAACUCGCCCCUCCAUGCCUGCAUCGCGCCUCGUUCGGAAGCGAAUUGGAGAGAAUGGUGUCCACCCUCCCUGUAGUGAAGAGCAUCAUCUGCCUUCUCUGUACGCUCUAUUUCACUUACGGGUUUUCUCGCAUACGGGUUGAACGAUCUACGUCAACAUACAUUGUGGUAGUGCAACAGAUAUGGGCAAUGAAUACCGUUUAUGCUUCUAGAGGACCAUAUAUUCAACUGCAUCGCACACCACAAAAACACCUUGCUGAGACUUGUUACGUUAAACUGACGCGCAUCCGCCCGCCCGCAAUAUCCCACUGGACGUACUGUAGAUCUAGAGCGUGAAGGAGAGAUGGAACCUAUCUGCUGCCCUCAACCACUCCAUGUAUUAUGCACUCUAUAAAAUG